AUGUCUGUUGAAAUUAACUCCCUUUUGCAUGCUGGAUAUUCCCAUCCACUAUUCCGAGAAUGGCAAGCUACGCGUUCCAUCACAAAGUCUGCAUUAAUGUACCCAAUCUUCAUUACAGAUGAAGAUGACGCCAAAGCAGAGAUUCCCAGCAUGCCUAAUCAAUUUCAAUGGGGUGUAAAUCGUCUUGAAGAGUUUCUUGGCCCUCUUGUUGAACGAGGACUUCGCAGCGUUAUUUUGUUUGGCGUUAUUACAGAUUUUUCUAAAAAGGAUUCCAGGGGUUCUCUCGCCGAUUCAAACGAAUGUCCUGUUGUAAGAGCCGUUAAAGAAAUCCGUAGACUAUUCCCUGAUUUGGUUGUAGCCUGUGAUGUCUGUUUGUGUGAAUACACAAGCCAUGGUCAUUGCGGCAUUCUUUAUGAUGAUGGAACUGUCAAUAACGCAAAGUCCGUUGAAAGAAUUGCCGAAGUUAGUGGUAAUUAUGCUUUGGCAGGCGCCCAUAUAAUUUCUCCUAGUGAUUGCAUGGAUGGUCGAAUUAAAGCCAUCAAGUCAAAGUUCAUGGAAUUGGAUCUUUCUCAUCGUGUCGCUGUCAUUUCUUACUCUGCAAAGUUUGCUUCUGGGUUCUUUGGCCCUUUUCGAGAUGCUGCCGGUAGCGCUCCCAGUUUCGGUGACAGAAAAUGUUAUCAACUUCCUAUGAAUGCUCGUGGCCUGGCUCGUAGAGCUAUUCUCCGUGAUUUGCGCGAAGGUGCCGAUGGUAUCAUGGUCAAACCCGGCACUCCUUACUUAGACGUUUUAGCAGAGGCUGCAAGGUUGGCCGAGGAUUAUCCUAUUGCAACUUAUCAAGUCUCCGGUGAAUUUGCUACAAUUCACGCCGCUGCCAAUGCUGGCGUCUUUGGACUAAAGCAGCACGUAAUGGAAACCAUGCAUGGCUUUAUGCGUGCUGGUGCUUCUUUGGUUUUAACGUACUUCACCCCAGAACUUUUAGAAUGGUUGGAUAAUUAA